GACAGCCGUCAGUGGGCGCUUCUUAUGAGACUACAAAAGGCAGCUUCUCUUCUCCCUUCUGUCCUGCCCUUCCCUUUAUCCUUACCAUCAGCUCUAACUGACCUGGACAAUGCUAGGCUCCAUUGAAGAUGCAGUCAAGAAGCUCGAGAGCUAUGUCGAGGAUCCCUUGGUCAAGCCCUCAGAUCUCAAAGCCUAUCUCGACGCGGCCGUCCAUACUGAGAGUCUCAACGACCGGUAUCUUCUGCUUGAGAAGCUCAUUGUAUUGAUGUCGCGUUUGAGCGAGUCUAAAGAGUCGACGCUUCAGCACCUGUCGGGGACCAUACAGGAUUUCCUAAUUGAUACUUUAUACAAGGACCUACCUCAUCCGCCCAGCAGCUAUCUUGGCAGCACUCCUACGCACCUUGCGGCACCUUCUCAAGUCACCACCACCCCAAAUUAUGUUGCUCGAUCUGCGGACGGUUCCAACUACAACAUCCUCUUCCCUGCAAUGGGAAAGGCUGGCGUACCCUAUGCUCGCUCCGUUCCAGCUUUGCGCAACAUUCCCGCUUCCAGCCUCCCUGAUCCCAACCUUGUAUUCGACACAUUAUUGCGUCGUGAUGAGUUCAAGGAUCAUCCCGGCGGCAUCUCCAGUCUAUUUUUCGCCUUUGCCGACCUCGUGAUUCAUAGCUGUUUCAACACAGACUCCAACGACUGGGAUAUCAACAAAUCAAGUAGCUAUCUCGAUCUUAGCAUCCUUUAUGGAUCUUCGGAAGCAGAAGUCGACAGAGUCCGAAGGAAAGACGGUACAGGACGACUGUGGGAGGAUGUGUUUGCCGACAGCAGGUUGCUUUUGAUGCCAGCGGCCUCGUGCGCCCUUCUGGUUCUGUUGUGUCGAAACCAUAACUAUAUCGCCGAGAAAAUUCUUGCCAUUAAUGAGCAUGAAACCUACGCCCAAACCUUCACGGACGAAGCUAGCCGAAUCGCUCAGGACGAUGAAAUCUUCGCUCGCACCCGUCUUGUCAACUGUGGCUACUUCAUGCAAAUAAUUCUCGGUGAUUACGUAGGUGCCAUCCUUGGACUGGUUCGGGAUGGACAUUCCUGGCGUUUGGAUCCUCUCAAGGAAAUUCGCCGGUCCGACCAUACUUUCUCGCCGCGCGGAGAAGGCAAUGUUGUAUCGGUUGAAUUCAACCUCCUCUAUCGAUGGCACGCUACUCUCUCCCAGAAUGACACCCAAUGGCUGCAGAAUACAUUUCGUCAGUUGUUCAAGAGCCAAGGGACGGCAGAGGUUACUACUCAAGAGUUCCAUACAAUAGUCAGACAGGCUCUGAAGCCUCCUGAUGACAUCAGACAAUGGACCUUCCAUGGCCUCUUGCGGGGGAGCGAUGGGCAAUUCAAGGACGAGGAUCUCGCUAAGCUUCUUCAGGAUGCGACAUCGAACCGAGCGGGCGCCUUCAAAGCCCGCGGUAUUCCCGAAGCGUUCAGAGUCGUUGAGGUAAUGGGGAUUAAGCAAGCGCGUAGCUGGGGAACUUGUUCGUUGAAUGAAUUCAGAAAGUUCAUAGGACUCAAACCAUACACCAGCUUCCUGGAAUGGAACCCUGAUAAAGACAUUGCCGAUACUGCUGCAUCUCUAUAUGGAAACAUCGAAAACCUUGAGCUGCACGUCGGUCUCCAAGCCGAGCAAGCUAAAGAGCCGGGCCCAGGCGCCGGAUUGUGCCCUGGAUACACAAUUUCGCGUGCCAUCCUUGCAGAUGCGGUAUGUCUCACUCGUGGAGACCGUUUCCUGACCGUCGACUUUACCCCAUUCAACCUCACCGCGUUCGGUUAUCAAGACUGCCAAUUUGACAAGGAAGACGGUUCUUAUGGCGGUCUUCUUACCAAGCUCCUCUUCCGCACCUUACCUAACCAUUAUACACCUCGUUCUGCUUAUGCACACUUUCCCUUCUUGGAUCCAACGUAUAUGAGGUCGAAUUCAUGUAUCGCACCCCAGGUGAUAGCCAAAUAUGACUGGAACCGUCACCCUGCGACAGCGACAGUCGCAGUGAACACUUAUGAUGACGUAAAGGCCAUCCUUGGGAUUCCGAACAUUGAAAGCGAGAAACGAUUGCAAGAGUUGAUGACGGGGCAUGUACCGAACAGAUCUUUGAUCUCAAAAUAUAUCACUGCGGACGGAUGGACGUCAUACUUCGCCCUGACCACUGCAAGCCUCAUCAAAAAGAAGUGUUUCGGUCAAAAGAAAAAGAACAUCGAUAUUGUGCGAGAUGUGAUUAACGUUCUUCCAGUCAAAUGGAUAUGUCAAGAACUCGCGGGCUUACCACUUGCAGCUACUAGCUCUGAUGACACCUUCACGGCGUCGCAGUACUAUGACAUGUUCGCUACCGUUGCGCAAUACCUCUAUGUCAACUUUGAUCCUUCGAACGAUUGGCACCUUCGUGAAAGUUCAACAACUACUUACAAGCACUUCUUCGACAAGGUUAAAGGACACCUCGAUGCUUUUUCCUCCUGGUUCGCGUCUUCCUCUCGCACCAGCUCUGAUCCCGAAAACCACGCUCAGCUCUUCCUGAAAUCCGUAUACAAAGCCGAACACAACCUCACGGACGGCAGCCCUGGACACAGCGCGUCUGCUUUGGCCGCCUCCCUAUUUUGCGAGCUCGUGCCUACAGCGGCACACUUUUCUCAGGCAAUUGCGCACGUGGUUAACUAUUACCUUGACGUGGAAAAACAGCUGCAUAGGGAGGAUCUAGUAAAAAAUGCCGGGCUGAAGAGUAAAGCUGGAGAUGCGAAGGUCAUGCAGUAUGUCCGCGAAGCAUUGGGUGCGGACCCACCAUUGUCCCACACGAGCCGUCUCACGCAGCGCACCUUGCUGCUCAGUAGCAAUGCUAACGUUAGCUCCGGCACCAAGGUGUAUGCAAGCAUCAUUGAUGCAAACAGAACUCGUACAGCCGGUGCUUAUCCUAUCCUCGGACUUCCCGAUUACGGCCUUCUUUCAGGACCAUUCUUUGAUGCAGUGGUACCACGAAUCCUGUACGAAAUCCUGUCGCUUCCCGGUGUCGCUCUUACGGGGAAAUUCAACCGAUUCAUCGACAUGCAGCAGGGCUGCACAACCCAGAUGUAUUUGAGUGCGAAUGGCAAGAUCAUUCCUUGGCCGGAUUCUUUGACCAUCCAGGUUCGUGUUCAGUGA